GCAGGCGGAAAACACAUGGCAAGGCCCUGCGCGGACGCGUCAAGAUGGUGAAAUACGGUAAAGGGGCGGGGAUAAUAGAGGCCAUGCUGCAUGUGGGCGGUGGGCUGGACACUGGGCGUGUCUAUGAAGAUUUCCAGUAGGUAACUACUAUGAGGGCGUGGUUUGAAUAAUCUAGCGACUGGGGGCGUGGCUGGUGCUGGCACCCGGUAAUUCGGUACCGGCAUUGUAUUCUGCAGACGUGAAGGGAGGCAGCGGGGAAGACAAAGAACGUGGAGCUGACGGUGAAGGCAAGAACCGGAAAUUAUAGAGCGGAGGGUCUGAUCUGUACUCGCUGCAUUCAUCGUACCAGGGAUCAACAUGAGUGUGGGAUUCAUUGGUGCUGGACAGCUGACCUAUGCCCUAGUCAGGGGCUUCACAGCCGCAGGGGUGUUGGCAGCACACAAGAUCAUUGCAAGCUCCCCGGAUACUGAUCUACCUACGGUGGCUGGACUGAGGAAAAUUGGUAUAAAUUUCACCACCAGCAAUAAGGAUGCAGUGAAGAACAGCGAUGUCCUUUUCCUGGCUGUGAAACCUCCAAUCAUUCCCUUUGUGUUGGAUGAGAUCGCCUGUGACAUUGAGGAUCGUCACAUGGUUGUGUCCUGCGCUGCUGGUGUCACUAUCAGCUCCAUUGAAAAGAAAUUGAGUGCCUUCCAUCCAGCUCCCAAAGUCAUCCGCUGCAUGACCAAUACUCCUGUGAUCGUAAGAGAGGGGGCCACAGUGUACGCCACAGGGACCCACGCGGAGGUGGAGGAUGGGAAACUUUUGGAACAAUUGAUGCAGAGCGUUGGCUUCUGUACCGAGGUCGAGGAAGACUUGAUUGAUGCUGUAACAGGACUGAGUGGAAGUGGGCCUGCUUAUGCCUUCACAGCUCUGGAUGCUCUUGCAGAUGGAGGAGUAAAGAUGGGUCUUCCCAGGCGGCUUGCGGUUCGUCUAGGAGCUCAGGCCAUGCUGGGAGCAGCUAAGAUGCUUUUGGAAUCAGAACAACAUCCAGGACAGUUGAAGGACAAUGUGUGCUCACCAGGGGGCGCUACCAUUCAUGCUCUGCAUUUUCUGGAGAGUGGAGGAUUCCGUUCCCUUCUCAUUAAUGCUGUGGAGGCAUCUUGCAUCAGAACCAGGGAGCUCCAGUAUUACGCAGACCAGGAAAAAAUCCCUGCAGCUGCCAUCAAAAAGACGACUCUAAGCAAAGUACAGCAGGAAUCGCCAUCACUUUCCACCGCCUCUCAAGGGGUGAAAGUCAGUCUCUUCAACAACAGGACACCAGGAGUAAAGAAGUUCUGAAAUAGUCCGGAAAUCCUGAUUGACCAAAGCCCUAGAUAAGCUAUACAGAGAUAGAUGACCGGCAUUGGAGAAUGUUGGUCUGCAUGGAAGGCGGCAUUCCGGUCCUUCCCGCUUAAAGUGACUUCUUAAUGUCUUAGCUAAUUUUAUCCUGAUGAUUUUCCAAAAAAUUGGUAACUAAUAACUUUCUGAAAAGACUAAUGUAAGGUUGUCCAUUGCCUUCAUGUACACCUUGUACUGUCUGUAUGCAUUUCACAAGGCCCAUUGAAGUAGGGAAUGCUGUGAGAAGCCUUUCCAUAUCAUUUCCCCUUGGUUUUUAAAAUUGAUGGCUUAUCCAUAGAAUAGUCAACCAAAUUAUGCUUUAACAUUAAAGGAGUACUCCACUGGAAAACUUUUUUUUUUUUUAAAUCAACUGUUUCCAGUAAGUUAAACAGAUUUCUAAAUUACUUCUAUUCAAAAAUCUUAAUCCUUCCAGUACUUAUCAGAUGCUGUAUGCUCCACAGGAAGUUCUUUUCUUUUUGAAUUUCCUUUCUGUCUGACCACAGUGUUCUCUGCUGACACAUUUGUCCAUUUUAGGAACUGUCCAGAAUACAAGCAAAUCCCCAAAGCAAACCUAUCCUGCCCUGGACAGUUCCUAAAAUGGACAGAGGUGUCAGCAGAGAGCACUGUGGUCAGACAGAAA